UUUCCAAAGUUACAUUCUCAUUAAGUAUCUCAUACUAUCUCCCUUUCAUUUCAAAACUUCAAUUCACACAAUUUUAUAAACCACUUUUUAAAUGAGUAGUUGAAUCAAGAUCAGACGGGCUAUUUCGACACGAACCUGAGAGUGUUGCUACAUGCAAUUCAUACAUGUUCUCAUUAUUAGCUUCUUAAAUUCUUAUUCAAUUUCAUCUAUGCUAUGAAGAAGCUUUGUCCCAACCUUGAUCAUGAAUAUGGGCUCGAAACCGUGUUGGAAGUUCCUAUUCCAGAAGAGAUUUUCACCAACAAGAGUGGAAACACAUGGAAAAACAUGAAGCAAUGGAUAAAACCAAACAAUGAAUCAAGAUCAACACGUUUUGAAGAUCCAAACACAAAUAUUCAACUAUUGCUUGGUGUUGUUGGAGCUCCAUUGAUUCCUUUCCCUAUCACCUAUGAUUACAAACCCAUCAUCACUCACAACAUUAAAGGCCAUAACAUUGAGGCUUCAAUGGCGAAAUAUAUAGUGAAACAAUACGUGGCUGCGGUGGGAGGAGAGAGUGUUUUGAAUAAGGUUGAGAGUAUGUAUGCAAUGGGGGAGGUGAGAAUAGGGACAUCGGAGUUUGUGGGAGGGGAAGGGGGUGUGAAUAGCAAGAAGAUGGUGAAGAAGUUGAAGAAAGUUGAGGUGAAAGAAGAAAUGGGAGGGUUUGUUUUGUGGCAAAAGAGACCAGAGUUGUGGUGUUUGGAAUUGGUUGUUUCUGGGUACAAAAUUAGUGCAGGGAGUGAUGGAAAAGUGGGUUGGAGGCAAACACCAUGGCAUCAUUCUCAUGCUUCUAGAGGCCCACCUAGACCCCUUAGACGUUUACUUCAGGGUCUUGAUCCAAACUCCAUAGCCAAUCUUUUCAACAACUCAACAUGCAUAGGAGAGAAAACAGCAAACAAAGAAGAAUGCUUCAUUCUAAAACUCGAAACAGACUCAACUUCAUUACAAACAAGAAGCAGUAACAACAUAGAGAUAAUUGGCCACACAGUCUUAGGCUAUUUCAGCCAAAGAACAGGACUUUUAGUUCAACUAGAAGACACACAUUUGAUCAAACUCAAAUCCUCCGAAACCGAAUCCAUAUUUUGGGAAACAAACACUGAAUCUCUCAUUCAAGAUUAUAGAAUAGUGGAUGGUAUUCAAAUAGCACAUUGUGGGAAAACUUGGGUUACUUUGUCAAGGUUUGGUGAAGGACCUGAGAGUCAUUCAAGGACAAGAAUAAAAGAGGCUUGGAAAAUUGAAGAAGUGGAUUUUAAUGUUAAAGGGUUGUGUUUGGAUUGUUUUCUAGCGCCUAGUGAUUUGAAGAGAGAUGAAGAAAAAGAGGUUGUUUCUGUUAGUAAUGGUAAAUUACCAUAUAGGAUUCAAUCUGGUUCUUUUAAGAUUAGUGGAUCUAAAGUAGCUGAUUUUAGUGUGGUUGAUUCAUGUCUUGGUGAAAACAUUCAAGAUGUGUAAAUUUGAUACUAUGUUUCGUUUCAUGUUUGAUUUGGUCAAGUUUGUAGUUGAGCAAUAUAAUGUAGUAUCAUAGAUUAUGUAAAUUAAUUCCUCUAGUUUUGGAUU